AAGAACUUGUAUAGCGGAAGCCUUUCAUAGUAACAAAGCAAUGAACGGGACCGUUCCGGAAGAAGUGGUGGCAGCGUAAUACCGAUAAACUUUCGGUUGUGUUUCUAAAGAUAAGUGUCAACGUAAAGUGAGGCCAAGUUUUUGUGUAUUUACUUUGAAAGUUUACGGCGGGUCUAAACCAGCAUAGCCUACAGCGGGGAACUGAAAAUGGAGGUAGAAAAGGAAAUCAAGAAGAUGACCCUGGGCCAUGAAAUUGGUGCCGGGGCGGCGUGUCUGAAAUGCAAGGACAAGUGUGAGGGGUUUGAGCUACACUUCUGGAGAAAGAUCUGCCGGAACUGUAAGUGUGGGCUUACGGACCACGAUGUGCAGAUGAACUCUGAUGAAAACAGGAAGGUGGGCAAGCUGUUCGAGGAUACCAAGUACACUGGCCUCAUUGCCAAGCUCAAAACCGACGGUGUACCCACGUACAAGGGCAACCAGGUCACCUUCUCCAUCUCUGCCAGCCCCAUAUCGGGAACCGCUGUUCCAUACAGUCCCCAGUCUGCCCACAAUGUGCCAGCCAAUGCUGGCUAUGGUGAUGGAGCAGGGCCCGGAGCUGGCUAUGGGCCCGGGGCUGGAGCUGGGCCCGGGGCUGGAGCUGGGCCCGGGGCUGGAGCUGGGCCCGGGGCUGGAGCUGGGCCCGGGGCUGGAGCUGGGCCCGGGGCUGGAGCUGGGCCCGGGGCUGGAGCUGGGCCCGGGGCUGGACCCGGAGCUGGUUAUGGGUCCGUGGCUGGAGCUGGGCCCGGCGCUGGCUAUGGGGCUGGGGCUGGACCCGCUAUCAUGCCCAAACCUGGGGCAAUCAGAGCCACUGCUGUGUCAGCCAAUGUUGUACCUGUCAGGAAGGAUGCCGUUCCCCUGAAGUCUGUUACCUACGAGUGGGCUCCUCCAGGGGUGAAACAGCACAUGGCGGUACGCUACAUCGAGCUCCUGCCCCCAGAGAGGCGUCCCAUAGCGGGCACGGAGGGUGCAGCCUACCGCCGGCAACAGAUGGCAGUGCAGCUACCGGAGCACGACCAGGAUCCGUCCAAGUGCCAUGAGCUGACCCCUGCAGAGGUCAAACAGAUGCAGCAGUACGUCCGCAAGUAUAAAGAUGAGGCCCUGGGAGUGGGAGACAUCAAACUGCCUGAGGAGAUGAUGGGUCAGGAGGGAGGACCAGGACAGGGAGCGCCAGGCAUGGGAAGACAUGGGAUGGGAACCCCUGGGCUUCCAGUUGGGGCUGGGGGAUCCUUUGGUCCUGGAGUUGGGGCUGGGGGAUCCUUUGGUCCUGGAGUUGGGGCUGGGGGAUCCUUUGGUCCUGGAGUUGGGGCUGGGGGAUCCUUUGGGCCUGGAGUUGGGGCUGGGGGAUCCUUUGGGCCUGGAGUUGGGGCUGGGGGAUCCUUUGGGCCUGGAGUUGGGGCUGGGGGAUCCUUUGGGCCUGGAGUUGGGGCUGGGGCAUCCUUUGGGCCUGGAGUUGGGGCUGGGGCAUCCUUUGGGCCUGGAGUUGGGCCUGGGGCAUCCUUUGGGCCUGGAGUUGGGCCUGGGGCAUCCUUUGGGCCUGGAGUUGGGUCUGGGGUAGCCUUUGGGCCUGGAGGUUCUGGUCAUCGAACAAGGCUUGGGUCUGGGAGUACACUCGGGCUGGUACAGGCUGAACCUGGGAUGGGGGCUGGAGGUUACCCUGGGGCAGGAGAAGGUGGACCAGGAGACAUGGGUACUGCUGCCACUGCUGGGGCCAUGGGUACUCCGGGAGCCCCUGGAGAUCACCUGGCUGGACCCUGUGGACACUAUUCGUGCCACCAGUGCCAGGUGACCAUGCGUCAGGGUGAGCCUGCAGUGUACGCAGAGCGUGCUGGCUAUGACAAUCUGUGGCACCCAGCCUGCUUCGUGUGCUGCACCUGCUCAGAGCUCCUGGUGGACAUGAUCUACUUCUGGAAGAAGGGACAGUUGUACUGCGGACGCCACUACGGAGACAGUGAGAAGCCACGCUGCGGGGGCUGUGACGAGCUGAUCUUCAGUAAUGAGUACACGCAGGCUGAGGACCAGAACUGGCAUCUGAAGCACUUCUGCUGCUUUGACUGUGACUGUGUGCUGGCUGGAGAGACGUACGUUAUGGAGAACAACAAGCCUGUCUGCAAGCCCUGCUACAUGAAGAGCCACGCCGCGGUGUGUACAGCCUGUCAGAACCCAGUGGAGCCCGAGGCCCAGCGUGUGUCCUACGGGGAGUUUCACUGGCACGCUGAGCCUCAGUGCUUCCAGUGCUCCUGCUGUGCUAAGUGUCUAAUUGGAGAGCGCUUCAUGGCCAUACAGGGAAUGCUCUUCUGCUCUGUCGAGUGCAAGAAGAAGACCAUGACCUAGACAAGACCGUGACCGCAGUGUACCGUACAGCAGCUCAACCUUCUCCGGCAUCCCAACCACAAUCGUAAUUUGAACUAAGCCUGGUCUAGAAUACAAACAAUAGUCUAACAAUGAAAUUAUUAAUUAGACUUGACCACAAGAGCUUAGCUAAUUAUUUUCAGUUUCCAAGUUCCUGAUCGGAUGGGGAAAAUAAUGCCUUAAAUCUAUUGAUUCGUCUUCUCUUAACAAGAUUCUCCUCUACAUCUUCUCUCUACAUGCACUGUUUUGUUCCACAUCUUUGUUUACUGAGAUUCCUUUGGUUGGAUUUUUUUUUUCCAGAACACUUUCCUCCUUCUGAGUUUAAAGCAGCUAUGGAUGAUUCUCAACUCUGUCUACUCAAGUAUUUUUUUGGUAUUGUAUCAGGAUCCCCAUUAGUUGUUGCAAAAGCAGCAGCAGCUACUCUUCCUAGGGUCCACAGAAAACAUAACUUGACAUGGUACAGAACAUUAGACAAGAACAGUGUCCUUCCUCAAAUCCGUCUGCUUUCUCUCUAGAAUGUACUACUGAACUCUAAGCAGUAUUAUGAUUAACAAUUGCAGUGUAAUAGUAUUACAAUACGUGAUACUUUAGGUGCAGUAUUUCUGUUCUGCAGGAAGCAGCCUUUCAGUGUUGUAACAGGCUAUGCAAUGUGACCAACUGAUUCUCUCCAACCCAGUCCUGGAGAACCCCUGAUAACGCAGGCUUUCACAAGUGACAUUAUUAUGGACAACAUCACUGAAAUGUGAAGGCAGGUGAUGUCAUAUCUUCAAAACAUCUUAAAAUGAUGAUGUACUUUGGAGGACCAUGAAAUUAUCAGAAAUCGUCGAGUAGUUAUCUACUGUGGCGUCAACUUAUCUACUGCCUUCUCUCCUUCCUGCAGUCUUUUUAUAUUAUAAUGGGUUUCCCUCGCAGUCUUCACAAUAACUGCCAUUGGCUUUCCUUUAUUUCUCUUGCACUUUAUAUUUUAUCCUCACACUGUAACAACCUAAUAAAGUUUUUUUGCAAUGA